UAUUUCCAAGGUGCUAGCACGGAGACCAAUUAGAUCGCACCUCCACCUCAAAUGUAUUAAGUUUGGGGUUUGAAUUUCAACUCUGACCUUCCUGCGUGGAGAUGCAGGAUGAGGGAUCAGGACAGGUAGGGGACAUGGAUUCACACCCAAUAAUGAUGCACUGAACUGGGAAACAUCUGCUGAGUGCCCCUUUCAAUGUAACUAUGGCCGCAGCGCCCUCUGGACCGUGCGCCGCCCCUCUGGGCUCGCAGGUUCACGCCGCCGCUGUCAAUGGCGACAGGAAUACGCUGCACAAACUCAUCACAGCAGAGCCAGUCCUCCGGGACCGUGAGGAUCAAUUUGGCCGCACCCCUCUCAUGUACUGCGUGCUGGCUGAUCGCCUAGACUGUGCAGAAAUUCUGCUAAAGGCCGGAGCCUCAGUCAACAAGACCGACCACAGCCAACGCACGGCUCUGCACCUCGCUGCACAGAAGGGAAAUGUUCGUUUCCUCAAGCUGCUGCUGUCUCGACACGCCAACUGGCUCCAGAAAGAUUUGGAAGAGAUGACCCCGCUGCACCUUGCCACACGACACCCUUCUCCAAAAGCCCUCGCAUUGCUGCUUAAACACAUUGGCCCAGGGGAGGUCGACACACAGGACAAGAACAAGCAAACUGCCCUGCACUGGUCAGCGUUUUAUAACCGGCCGGAGCACGUCCGCCUCCUCAUCAAGCACGACUCCAACAUCGGCAUCCCUGACAGCGAGGGCAAGAUCCCCCUGCACUGGGCCGCGCACAGCCAGGAAGCCAGGGCCACGCAAACUGUCCGCUGUAUCCUGGAAGCGGCUCCCACGGAGUCCCUGCUGAACUGGCAGGACUACGAAGGUCGGACACCCUUGCACUUUGCUGUCGCCGACGGUAACGAGGCAGUGGUCGAGGUGCUGACGUCCUACCAGGGCUGCAAUGUGACCGCUUACGACAAUCUCUUCAGGACACCGCUCCAUUGGGCCGCCCUGCUCGGCCAUGCCAGAAUUGUCCACCUGCUGCUGGAGAGGAACACGUCAGGCACUAUUCCCUCCGACAGCCAAGGAGCGACACCUUUGCAUUACGGAGCACAGAGCAACAAUGCUGAGACAGUAGGUGUGUUUCUUUCUCACCCAUCAGUGAAAGAUGAGCCUGACCUGGAGGGCAGGACGGCCUUCAUGUGGGCAGCGGGCAAGGGCUGCGAUGAUGUCAUCCGCACCAUGUUGGCCCACACGCCUCACAUUGACAUCAACAUGACCGACAAGUAUGGCGGCACCGCGCUACAUGCAGCCUCCCUGUCAGGCCAUGUUAGCACUGUCAAAUUGCUGUUGGAGAGGGGAGGCAUGGUGGACUCUCUGGAUGUAAUGAAGCACACGCCGCUGUUUCGUGCCUGCGAGAUGGGACAGAGGGACGUCAUCCUCACGCUCAUCAAAGGCGCCGCACGUGUGGACCUCGUGGACGUGGACGGUCACACUGCACUCCACUGGGCAGCUUUGGGAGGGAACGCUGAGGUCUGCCAGAUCUUAAUGGAGAAUGGAAUCAGCCCCAAUGUACAGGACCAAGCAAAACGGACUCCACUGCAGUGUGCUGCCUAUGGUGGCUACAUCACAUGCAUGGCUGUCCUGAUGGAGAAACAUGCUGAUCCAAACAUACAGGACAAGGAGGGGCGGACUGCUCUCCACUGGUCGUGCAACAAUGGCUACCUGGAUGCCGUGAAGUUGCUGCUGGGCUACAGCGCCUUUCCUAACCACAUGGAGCACACAGAGGAGAGGUACACGCCGCUGGACUAUGCGUUGCUGGGGGGCCACAGCGAGGUGACCCAGUUCAUGCUGGAGCACGGCGCUCUGUCCAUCGCCGCCAUCCAGGACAUAGCCGCCGCCUCCAUUCAGGCCAUCUACAAGGGCUACACGGUCCGCAAGGCUUUCAGGGAGAGGAAGCAGCUCCUCAUGAGGCACGAGCAGCUACGCAAGGACGCCGCCAAGAAGCGAGAGGAGGAAAUACGGCGGAGAGAAGCCGUGCAGCAAAUCUCUGUGGCCGCGGCCAAGGAGCGAAAAUCGUCUUCAGAGACGAGCGAGCAGGAGAAAUUCUCCUUGGUGAACCGAGUGGCGGAUUUAUCCGUGAAAGACUCGGUGGUGGAGACAAAGAAAGCAACUAAACCUGAACGGAGGGACAGAGAGGAGAGACACAAAGGCCAUCGGAGCAGAUCCUCAAGGAGCAAAGCUGCUGAUCCAACUGACACUCCGAGCCCUGAAAGUCACAUGACAUGCGACAGGACUACCAGGAUGAAGGACCCGCUUUCUCCGAGCAGCUCAGCAUCAUCCAGACACUCCUUCACACGUAAAGUCAAGGAGCAAAGACCCGCCUUGUUCACAAGCACCCCUUACACAGUCGUCUUGGACGCAGACCAAACAGCCGCCGUACCGCCGAGAAAGACUGAUUCGCUGAAGAACAGACACCACAAGGCCAAAGAUCCCGCUCACUUUGCCGGAGCCUCUUUGCACACGAGAAGCCCUUUGAGAAAACAUCACGCCGCCACAAGCGCCCUAAAAGGACACGACAGAGAGCAGCGCAGGAGGAAGCACGAAGCGGCCAGGGUCAUCCAACGAGCAUGGCGAAGGCUCCUCACACGCAGACGCGGUGAAGGCAAGGCCUGCAAGGGGGUGGAGUUAAGUGUUUUAAACCACGCCCACACCGAGAAGAGACGGACGGAGAUGCGAGCUCCUCUUGCAAAACCUGCAGCCACGACUAAGACGUCGGUGCUCCAAAACAUUUAUGGAAACUCCAUGGCCGUACGAGGACAUCCUUCAUUUCGGGGGUCUCAGCUGCUCCUGAAUGUGCCUUUACGCACGCAGAGCCAGUUGAGCGGGUUGGACUACGUGCACCUGACUGAUGCGGUGGAUCAAGCCAGGCAGUUCUCCUACCACCUGAGGCCGCAAAGCUCCAGCCAGGGUCGGGGCCAUCGAGGAAAGCGGUGACGCACACGCGCGUCCACCUAAGUACUUUUUUUUUUUGUUUUCUUAGUUGGCUGGCAGACCUUACCUCCCCGGAAUUACUGCAUACAUUGUCGGCUUCUAAAAUUAAGCCGUAUGAUAUCACAACCAUGACCUCACGGGGCGGGGGUUAAGUCUACCGAAGUGACGCGUGUAAAAGAUAACCUUUCAUCCAUUGUGAGACAAACACAUAUGCACACAUACGCGCGCGUGCGUGACUCUCACUCACACACUGAGAUAACCUUUCCUCGUGUUGCGGAGAAUGAGCCAGUCUAUCAACAGCCACUCAUGAACUCAGCCCACCUGCAGAAACACACACACACACACGAUCUAAAAAUAUGUCGGGUCCAUUCUUGGGUUUACAUUAAAAACACAGGCACACAGGUGCCACCGCAUUUAUAUGCUCGCUUAAGCAAAUCCUCAAUGUCAUAUUUCUUGCUGAAAUCUGCACUCAAAUUAUUUUGAAGCCCCCUUUUUUUAACUUAAAAAAUGAGCUGAACAAACUAUUUUCUCGAAUUCUGAAUUGAAAACUAGCUUUUUGUAAAUUAGUUGUGUAUAUGUAAAAAUGUGUUUAAUUGUGGAAAGUACAUAAAGGUAAAAACAGAUCGGCAAACAGUGGCCAAAUAUUUGGCUGAUUGUUUUGAUCGAUGCUUGAAGGGUCAUAACUCAUCGUCUGAUUUAAUCUUAUAAUAAAUACAAACAACAGUGGACACAUCA